CACCACAUCAGACAGUAAUCACACCUUACACAACACCCCCAUCUCCAGCCCACUGUUACUAAACGCAGUGCACUGUUAGAUUCCUGGUCGCUCCCAAUCGGAUACCUAGUGCCCUAAAUGUAGGGUUUGCGAACCGUUAUUUUGUGCUCUAUGUAGUGCACUUAUCUAGGGCGGAUUGAUUUUGUUUAAUGCGCCGUCCUCAGGUCUCACUCUCCCCCCCUGUCGGCGGACGCUGGUCACUGCGCGUUCAGGCCGCAUUGUCAUAAAGUGUCGCUGUGAUGAAGAUAGAACAACAUGGCGGAGAGUGAAACCCUGGAGAGUAUCACCGAGCAUGAGCGCAUCCUGCAGGAAAUCGAGAGCACGGACACGGCCUGUAUCGGUCCGACCCUUCGAUCCGUGUACGAUGACCAGCCGAACGCACACAAGCGGUUUAUGGAAAAACUGGAUGCACGAAUACGGAACCAUGACCGAGAGAUUGAGAAGAUGUGCAACUUCCAUCAUCAGGGAUUCGUCGACGCCAUCACAGAGCUCCUGAAGGUCCGAGCGGAUGCAGAGAAGCUGAUGGGCCAAGUGACCGACACCAAUCGAAGACUUCAAGACGCCGGGCGAGAGGUGACAACUCAGACAGAAGAGGUGAUUCGCUGCAGGGUUCAGCAGAGGAACAUGGCCACAACCGUGGAGAAACUGCAGCUCUGUAUUCCGGUUUUGGAAAUGUACAGCAAAUUGAAGGAACAGCUUGAAUCCAAAAGAUACUACGCUGCACUGAAAACCAUGGAGCAGCUAGAGAACAUUUCUAUUCCUCGAGUGAGCCAGUAUCGUUUUUGUCAGAUCAUGGCCGAGACGCUGCCUAAACUCCGCGAGGAGAUUAAGGAGAUCUCAAUGUCGGACCUGAAAGACUUCCUGGAGAGUAUCAGAAAGCACUCGGAUAAGAUCGGUGAAAAUACAAUGAGACAGGCUCAGCAGAACAGGACGUUUAUCAGCGCUGUGCACAAGCAGGCGAGUCUCGGCUGCGCUAAACCCCUGUACAGCCUCAAUGGCAGAACAUCGCUUCAGCACAACGGCCUGGUUGCCGAGGAAGCAGUCGACGAAGAGGAGGCCGAUGAGGAAGUGUUAACAGUGCAGGAUCUAGUGGACUUCUCUCCUGUUUACCGGUGUCUUCACAUCUACACCGUUUUGGGUGAUCGAGAGACGUUUGAAAAUUACUACAGAAAGCAGAGGAAGAAACAAGCAAGACUUGUGCUGCAGCCCCAAUCAAACAUGCAUGAAACAGUGGAGGGCUACAGGAAGUACUUUAACCAGAUUGUUGGGUUUUUUGUCGUGGAGGACCACAUAUUGCAUGCCACGCAAGGUUUAGUCACCCGGGCGUUCACGGACGAGCUGUGGAACAUGGCCCUGUCCAAGAUCAUCGCCGUUCUCCGCACACACUCGUCCUACUGCAACGACCCUGACCUGGUCCUAGAGCUGAAGAACCUGAUCGUUAUAUUUGCAGACACAUUGCAGAGUUACGGCUUCCCCGUGAACAGGCUCUUCGACCUGUUGUUUGAGAUUCGAGAUCAGUACAAUGAAACGCUGCUGAAGAAGUGGUCGUUGGUGUUCAGAGAAAUAUUCGAGCUGGACAACUACAGCCCCAUCCCUGUAGAAACCGAGGCAGAGUACAAGCUCGUGGUCAGUCGAUUCCCGUUUCACGAUGCAGAGAUCGAAAAGCAUCCAUUUCCAAAGAAGCUGCCCAUGUCCCAGUCAGUGCCUCAGAUUUACAUUCAGGUCAAGGAGUUCAUCUAUGCCAGUUUAAAAUUCUCCGAAUCACUACAUCGCAGCUCGACCGAGAUCGACGACAUGCUUCGUAAAUCCACCAACCUGCUGCUGACGAGGACGCUGAGCUGCUGCUUACAGAACCUCAUCAGAAAGCCUCAUAUAGGACUCACCGAGUUGGUUCAGAUCAUCAUAAAUACCACCCACUUGGAGCAAGCGUGCAAAUACCUGGAAGAUUUCAUCACCAACAUUACCAACGUCUCUCCAGAAACCAUUCACACCACCAGACUCUACGGCCUCUCCACGUUCAAGGAUGCCAGGCAUGCAGCAGAAGGUGAGAUCUACACCAAACUCAACCAGAAGAUCGACGAGUUCAUUCAGCUGGCUGACUACGAGUGGAGCAUGGCCGAGUCGGACGGGAGAGCCAGCGGCUACCUCAUGGACCUCAUCAACUUUCUGCGCAGCACCUUCCAGGUCUUCACACACCUGCCGAAUAACACCAAUGAUCAUGCUGCGAUGUCGGGUAAAGUGGCUCAGACAGCCUGCAUGUCAGCCUGCAAGCACCUCGCCACCUCCAUGAUGCAGAUGCUACUGGACACAGAGCUCAAGCAGGUCAGCAUGGGGGCCAUCCAGCAGUUCAACCUGGACGUCAUCCAGUGUGAAUUAUUUGCCAGUUCAGAGCCAGUGCCCGGAUUCCAGGGGGACACACUUCAGCUGGCGUUCAUUGACCUUCGACAGCUGCUGGACUUGUUCAUGGUGUGGGAUUGGUCCACUUACCUAGCAGACUAUGGCCAGCCCACCUCGAAGUAUCUCCGGGUUAACCCAUCCACUGCACUUGCACUUUUGGAGAAAGUCAACCGGGGGAUGAAGGACACGAGCAAAAAGAACAACAUCUUUUCACAGUUUCGGAAGAACGACCGCGACAAGCAGAAGCUGAUCGAGACGGUGGUGAAGCAGUUGAGGAGUUUGGUGAACGGCAUGUCACAGCACUCAUAAGCGCCCUUUCCCUUUCCGUUUUCUCCUUCCUGCACUUCCCAAUCCCACAUACUUAAAGCACGGGGCGGUGCAAAAUCGAGACCAACUUCAAGACUACAGCACCUUCUUUAACACAACGCUCACACACGGGCCACGCAUCCAUCCCCAGUGUCCUCUGCCAAAACGUUUCCCUCUGUGUCACGCUUUAUUUCAGACUGAAUCUCGAAGUGUAAAUACUGGAGAAAAAAAAAAACGACGAGGGGUCGGUUUUAUCGAAUGCAACCAUUUAAUAAUUGGUCAUUUCUUCUUUUAGCGUAUUUUUUUUUAACGGCCAAGGAUUCUGUUUUUGUAUAUUGUAAAAGCACUCCCGGAGAACCGGCGUAUGAACGAUGACGUCCUCACGUGAGACAGAUGUUCAUAUUGAGAGAUUCUCCGGAGCGGGGGAGGGGCCAUGAAGUUUUUAGUGUAGAUAUUCGAAAAUGAUAUUUAACACUAUUCUAAAAUCAUGCUUCCCACACAUCUGAACCAGUGUGUCAAUUUGUGGUGAAGGGAAAAAAAACUUGCAUGAAUGUGUGUGUGUGUGUGUGUGUGUGUGUGUAAUUUUUAAUUUUUUCUCUUAAUUUAAGGCUGAAGAUAUAAUUUUUCGCAUAUGAACCUUUUAUUCUUUUAAGGGAAUAGCAGCGUUCAGCUGUGAAGAAAAGAAAAACAUUUCAUUGUGUACAAAAAACCAUUUGCUCGCGUCUCGAAACGCUUUUUUGGAGUUGAUUUAUUUAAUUUAAUUUUUAUUUCAAAGGGGGGAAACGAAAGCUUUUAUUUUCCGUCCGAGUUUCCAACGCUUUCGACGGUAAAAGGAAAAAAAAAGCGAGCAAUAACUGGUCUGGAUGUCACGUUUCGUCGUGACGUUAGUUGCUCCCUCGAACUUUCCCGCAGACUUUGCACCAAAUAUAAUUUAAGUUAUUUGCAUAUGUAUAUGUAAGUUAUUUGCAUAUAUAUGUGUAUAUAUGUAUGUAUGCUUGUGAAAUGUCAUUGUACAAACGACAAAAUGGAACCGAGAGAUUCUCUGAAUCAGAAGUGAGAGCAGGGGUCCGGCUUGCUCUCUUCCCUAAACAUGAUAACGUACAAAAAAAAAAAAAAAAACGUGAAAUUUUAUUCAUAAGUUUUAGUGAUGCCACGGUUUUCCCUCCAGUUAAAACAGCACUAGUUCUAUUUCUGCCUUUCUGAUUGAAUUCUCAGUCUUAUUGAAGAUUGCUGCUGGAGAUCUGCAUCAUCUCUGACACAGAGUUCUCCCAAGAGCAUCACUUUUCCCAUUUGUUUUCGUUCGCAUUAAUAAAACUGGAUCGACCGAU